UUUCAACAGUUGAACUUGGGACCCACUGCUGCCCUCAGCUACGAGUUUGGGGCGAGCGCAGAGCUAGAGCAGGAGGCGGAUCCUAGGCGCGUGAGGGCAUUAGGCGCGCUGGGCAUGAACCUGGAGGGCAGCGGCCGAGGCGGAGAGUUCGGCAUGAGCUCGGUGAGCUGCGGUAACGGGAAACUCCGCCAGUGGCUGAUUGACCAGAUCGACAGCGGCAAGUACCCAGGGCUGGUGUGGGAGAACGAGGAGAAAAGCAUCUUCCGCAUCCCCUGGAAGCACGCGGGCAAGCAAGACUACAACCGCGAGGAGGACGCCGCCCUCUUCAAGGCUUGGGCACUAUUUAAAGGAAAGUUCCGAGAAGGCAUAGAUAAGCCAGACCCUCCUACCUGGAAGACACGUUUACGAUGUGCUUUGAACAAGAGCAAUGACUUUGAGGAACUGGUUGAGAGAAGCCAGCUGGACAUCUCAGACCCCUACAAAGUAUACAGGAUUGUUCCUGAGGGUGCAAAAAAAGGAGCAAAGCAGCUCACCCUGGAGGACCCACAGAUGACCGUGAGCCACCCCUACACCAUGACAGCUCCUUAUACCUCACUCCCAGCUCAGCAGGUUCAUAACUACAUGAUGCCACCCCAUGACCGAAGCUGGAGGGAGUACGUCCCUGAUCAGCCUCACCCAGAAAUCCCAUAUCAAUGUCCUGUAACGUUUGGACCCCGCAGCCACCACUGGCAAGGCCCAGCUUGUGAAAAUGGUUGCCAGGUGACAGGAACCUUUUAUGCUUGUGCCCCGCCUGAGUCCCAGGCCCCCGGAAUCCCCAUAGAGCCAAGCAUAAGGUCUGCUGAAGCCUUGGCGCUCUCAGACUGUCGACUCCACAUCUGUUUGUACUACCGAGAGAUCCUGGUGAAAGAGCUAACCACAUCUAGCCCUGAAGGGUGUCGGAUCUCCCAUGGGCAUACCUAUGAUGCCACUAACCUGGACCAGGUCCUUUUCCCCUACCCAGAGGACAAUGGCCAGAGGAAAAACAUUGAGAAACUUCUGAGUCACCUGGAAAGAGGUGUGGUCCUGUGGAUGGCCCCUGAUGGGCUUUAUGCCAAAAGACUAUGCCAGAGCAGAAUCUACUGGGAUGGGCCCCUGGCACUGUGCAGUGACCGGCCCAACAAGUUGGAGAGGGACCAGACCUGCAAGCUCUUUGACACACAGCAAUUUUUAGCAGAGCUACAAGCAUUUGCUCACCAUGGCCGUCCCCUGCCAAGAUUCCAGGUAACUCUGUGCUUUGGGGAAGAGUUUCCAGAUCCUCAGAGGCAAAGGAAGCUCAUCACUGCUCACGUCGAACCUCUACUAGCCAGACAACUAUAUUAUUUUGCUCAGCAGAACAGUGGACAUUUCCUGAGGGGCUAUGAUUUACCUGAACAUGUUAGCAGUCCAGAAGAUUAUCAUAGAUCUAUUCGCCACUCCUCCAUUCAAGAAUGAAAACCAAGACAAGUGAUUUUGUUUCAUUUAAACAUCUGACUUUGACAGGAACAGCUGAUUGAACUCCCUCUUUUUCUUUUGAGAAACUUGGAAACUGGGGCUUCAGUUCAACACUUCAGGAGAAUCUCAGCGAGAAUGAGUGUAAAAAACCAGCUCCAUGUAAAUGACAGAUGAGUUUAUUCCAAAAGGAAGGAUGGUCUUCAGGGUCUUCUGUAGACUGCCAUCUUUGAUAAUUACUGUGAAAAUUGACCAAAGAAGGUGUUUACAUUUACUUAAAUGAUAUAUUUAAUUUGAUGUGGAUUAUUUCUUGCUUUAAAACUGAGAAAACGUGUCUUUCAGUAUUUACCACUAAUUAGAAGGAUAAAAGUACUUAAGUGCUGUACUAUUUCUCAGGGAAGUAAUAUCUAAAUUUGAGGUGACUCUGCCUACAAAAGAAAUGUAUUAAUGCACAUAGGUGAUGUUGGUCUUGUAGAAAAUGCUUGCUAAUAGAAAGGAACAGAAUCUUUGACCGAGGUUGGACCACGGGGCCUCCAGCUUUGGGGUGGGUCAUCACCCCCGCCCUGGCCUGGGUCUCACCCUAUGAUGGGCUUUCCUGCCCUGCCUCACACUGUCCCCCAAUUUUCUCUCUUCCUGAAUGCCCCUGGAAGCCAGUUGGUAUUUUGUGGAACCAAAAAGCAUUAGUGCUACACUUGAUUAGUAUAUUUUUGUCUGUUCUACAAUCUCAUAAUGACUGGUUAAGAUAUUUUUUGUUUGUCUUUUUGUCUGUCAUUCUAUAGAAAUUAUUGGUAAAACUUUUUUUCUUUAAAGAAGAAAAAAAUAUCAACAAUCCAAAUACUAAAGAUAUAUUUUUGAAACUCGGUGACAUUUCCCCUCUUAUCCUGUUUGUUUUGUUUGGCUAUCAGUUAGUUAUCCAUGACAACACUAAAGAGGAGGAGCCGAUGCUUUUCAAUUUGGUGAACUCUGUUAGGAAAGAUGAUGACAGGAUUUCACUGAUUGCAUAACUGCAGACUCAGUGGGCUGUUUUUGCUUAUUUUGUAUAUUAUAUGCUUCCUCAUGCCAAUAUGGUUUAACAGGGCCUUUACUUGCUUAAGUAAACCUGAUCACUUCCUUGUUGAUUGUUUUGGAAAAGUACAGAUGUUUAGACUGUGAUGCUGGCAACUGAUAUUUUUAUCAUACUACAAAAAAAUUGCUAUUACUUUCAGGCCCAGAAAAAGACUUGAUAGUUCUCAAAUAUAUACCACUCUUAUUCUAAUCUAUAUUUUUUAAAUCACUCAACAAACUGUAUCCCUUGCAUUAGAUAGAUUAUAGAUUAUAUAUAGCCUUUAUCCAGUUUAGUAAGCAAUGAAGCAUUGGAAUGUUAUUUUUUUUUAACUUUUUAAAAGGAGUUUUUAAUAAUAACAUAAUACAUAUUAACUAUGGAAAAUGUAAACAGUAUAGACAGGCAAAAAUGAAGCACAUCAUCCUUCUUUACUGCAACCCAAAUCCUUCUCCCUAGAAAUAUCCUCAAGAAGAGUUUGACUUAUUCUUCCAGUACACUUCAUUUCUCUAUACAUAUGCAUCAGCUCAAAAAAACCUGAUAGGAUCAUCUUGCAACCACUUUUAUGCAGUGCUCUUUUAACCUAACAAUACAGAUUUACCUCACUCUUUUUAGAGGCAUUGUCGUCAUAGAACUCCACCACCGUGCAGUCAGUAGCAUAGUUUAUGGAAUUUCAUCAGCCGCUAAGAAUGAAUACACGUGGACAGCAGAUUAUACUUCAUGAAUUGCAGUAAUUUAUACAUCUUAUAGAUGCAAAAUGUUUUAGGGUAUAUUAUCCUAACGACGAAUUGGAAACAAAAUUAGGAAUGGCUGUGACACAGGCCCCACGUGUGUGGCCCUCUUCCCUGGAGAAUAACCCCAUCCCAGCACAUCAGAGAAGCUCUAUGGUGUCAGUCCCAGGGCUGUUUUGUCUUCUGAAUUCUCCAAGCAGAUGCUUGAUUUCAAAUGCUGUUGUGAAUUCUUUACUUUUUUUUUCAUUCUUUCUUUUUUUAAUAUUAAGCUGCUUUAACACUGGAGUUAAAUUUUCUGGAAAAUGCUCUUGGCUUGGGCCACUUUACCUUUUCUUAUUUUUGCUCUCAUCUACAUUGGCUUUUUUUUUUUAAUUUGGAAGAAUCCAGAGUGGGCAUUAGUGAAUGAAUUAUGAAAUAAUCAGGGUGAAGAAUCCCGACAGCUGUCUCAGAACUUUGAAAAUGAAUAACUAUUCAUUCCUUGACUCAUUCCUUGACUUGAUGAAGUGGGAUUAGCAAAGUGGAAUUUAGUUUGUUUUCAGUAGAAGAUACUAUAGAAGAGUUUAGGCAUUUUUUAUGCUAAAAAGCUUCAGAUGGCAAGGUUUAAAAAUGUGUAAGUCUCAUAGGUGCAUGUUCUAAGGGCUUAUUUCCUGUUCUUUGGAUUUAGUAGAACUGGGCAGUAGUUGAUGUCUUCUGGAACACUAUAGAGAACCAGGGUGACCAACCCAUUUAAAACCCAAACCUUGGAACCCCCUCAGUCCUGGGCAAAACAGGACAGUUAGUCACCCUAUAGAGAAACCCAGCAAGACUAUUGCCUUUGAGCAAAGAAGACACUGUUCUAUUGGGAGAUAAAAUUUAUCUUGCAUGGAAUGAGCAGCAGAACAACAUGGUUAUCACCAAAGCACCGAUACGCCCAGGUUCAUGUUUAGAAAAAGGCACGCACUGGGCUAGGGUCUAAACAAGGUUUUCUUUGCAUGUCACUGUAUGUAAACCCCAGAGUUGGAUAACUCUGGUGCAGGGUCUGGCAUGGGUUUUCGCUUGAGAGGCUGAGAGACAGGUGGACAUGCAUCCCAAGAGAAUCCUUGCUCCUGUGUUGGCUGUACCAGUGAACAUCAAUAUUUUUUCCCAUCAGUUAUUUUUAGCAAAAAUUCUUUUAGUUCAACCCCCCUGUUAUUUCUCUUUGAUCACAUUUCUCCCCUUUCUCCAGGUGAAUGUUUUUCUGGAAGUGGUGAGCUUCCUUAAGGUCUAUAUUUUUCUAUGUAUCUCCUUAGUUUAUAAUUGACUGGCAUCUAUUUAAAUAUUGCAAUAGGGCCAUUGUGCCAUAUGUAUUGUUCUGCAAUUUACUUUUUUCAUAGCACCAUUUUUGAGAUUGUUCCAUGUCCGUGUUCUCAUCCACCUCUUGUUAACUGGUGGCAAAUAGCUUGUCACAUGAUUGCAGUGAAGGUCAAUUUUCUUGGUAUUUAUUUUCACUGCUUUCAGGAAAGCCUGUAUAUGAAAUGUAGUUGAAGUGAAGGAGAAGAAAGAGGAGAUGUGAAAGAUAAAAGAAAGGUCAGCAGGCCAAUCCUUCUCCAAUAUAAACUCAUAUUUUGUUUUAGACUCUUUGAGAUGGAAGAAACCUAAUGGGUAGUGGGGUUCAUUUUGCUGCACCCCAUCUGUAUAAGUGGAUAGGACCAAGCAGCCCCCUGACUUCAAUCCAAAGCUAUGUUGGUUCCAUCUUGCUGCUAGGCCUCCCAGGCAAGGGUGUCUGGAGAACUAGGUAGAUCAUCUCAUGGACAAUUAUUGUAUAUAAUCAUGCAUGAAUUUUAUUAUAAAGACUUUUUAAAAAAGUAAUCUGUUGUGAGCUGUGUGUGUGUGUUAUUAAACACUCAUCUUGAUAGCUUUUAAAAUACUUCCUCCUUCUGUUGUGUUCUUUCAGAGAGGCUGCUGCAGCAGCCUGCUUCCUUCCUGGUUGUUGUAUGGGUCCAUAAAAUCUGAUCGCAAAGUGCUCUGCUUGUUUAAAAAAAACCAGCAAAACUUGUCCCAGCAUACGGCAGUUUCUCCAGCCCAUGGAAACACAUCUAAGGAGAGUAUUGAACAAUCUUUUCCCUCUUCUCCCUUGUGUAUUUUAAAAGGUCUAGUAGACCCAAGGAAAUUGUUAAUGUUUCCUUUUAUAUUCAUUGCUUCUUUGAUUUUGUCGUUGUAGUUAAAGGGGAGGGGAUGUAGGUUAACCAGCAUCCGGAAUGUGAAAUAUAACAUAAAACUGUAGAAAAAGAACCUAUCAACUGCUUACAAGUCUACUGGGAACACUAGAAGGACGGGGCUGCAGCUUGUGGUGUUAAAAGCCUUGCAGCCAAAAAUUUUGUGGAACUGUCAGAAAUGUUUGUAAUCUGCAUCUAGGAGCCCCAGAAUACUAGUUCAGAAUAAUUUUGAAUUUUCUAGGUGGUAAUCAAAUAGAGCUAAUGGGAGUAUAAACUAUCAUACUGCUUUUGGGGGCUCUAUCUGCUCAACAAAUAUGAAUAAACUUGAGUCACUAUAUAUAAGCAGGAUUUUUUUUCAAAUAAUAUAUCAACUCUUUAUGUCUAAAAAAGAAUUUCAAAGGGAUUUUGAGCCCUUGAACUUGUUCUUAAGUAAUAUAACACCUUCCUUAGGUACCAAUGUUUAUAAGCCUUUCUUUAUACAUAGUGCAAAUUUGACUAUAUUGAGUUCAGUUUUCUUAAAGCAAGUUUUGUCUUGACAAACACAUACUUUUAUAUAGACUGCACUGGCAGUGUUUAUCAAUGCCAGAAAAACAUCAUCAAGUUCUACAUCAUCUCUUUGGAAAGACACUCCAGGGGUCAUAAUAUCUUUUUUUUUCUAGGACAGUCUAUACCUAAAUUAACUCAGGUAGAUAAAUCUCUUCUGAAUUAGUAGAGAGUUAUGAAUUCUAGAGUGUUAUAGAUAUCAGAAAACACUUUCAGUGGCCCCUGUUCCUGCCAGGUUGGCAAUAUGUUGGCAUAUGGCAGUCUUUAGAUCUGCCAUUUUUGUUUAGACCACCUGUCUGUCAUAAUCUGUUAUAAUGUUCAUUUUAUCCCUGUCCUUGAGUGACUGUUCAAAAGUUUGGAAUCCAUAGAGUUCAAUUAUGAACAUUUUAUUAUUCUUGAAAAGCUGUUGUGUCUCUACUUUAGGUAAAUUACAAUUCUCAUUUUUCCCCCUUUUUUUCAUAAGCCUGGGCUUGAUGGUAGCUUUAAAGAGAAUUGUACCAGAAAAUAUAACUUCCUAUGCUUUUUCUUCCCCCUCUCCUCCUGAGUCAGGUUUCCAUAGCAAUCUUUACCUGGAAGAAAAUUAACAAAUGCAUCUGAAACCUCCACCUUUAUUUCUUGUCAUCCCCCUUUCUGUUUUCACAUUCCAGUUCUGCCAGACUAUUGCAAUGCCCAAGGGCACCUGUUCUCUCUCCUGAAGACUUCUCCUGUUGCUACCUGGUCACCUGGCUAACCCCCUUUUCUCCGCUAAGUCUUAGCCAUGACAUUUUCUCUUGCUGGAAGCAUUUCUUCACCUCCUACAACUAGGUCAGGAGGCUUUCUUAUUUGUACCUUCUGUUUGGAUCUGUAAAGGAUCAUGUUGUUGGAGUAUUUUAAAAAGCACCCCCACUAUGUACACUCUCCCCUCUGCUUACUGCCAAGCAAUUAGGAGAAAGAAAGUAACUUGCCUGUAUACUUCUGGCAUUUUUCUUCUAAAGAUACUCUUUCUGGGGGGAAAAUAGGACUCAGAAAGCUGGGAAUUUAAGAAAGAUAAACUCUUUCACCAUUUCUGGUUUCCCACUCCAGACUAGAGAAAGAUGAUUGAGCAUCAAAGAAGAAGAAUGAGAAGAAAUGAAUGUAUAGACUUCAGCAUCUCCCUGAUAAAAAAAUAACAAAACCACAAUGAGAUACCACCUCACACCUGUCAGAAUGACUAAAAAUAACAACUCAAGAAACAACAGAUGUUGGCGAGGAUGUGGAGAAAGGGGAAUCAUUUUGCAUUGUUGGUGGGGUGCAGCUACUCUGGAAAACAGCAUGGAAGUUCCUCAAAAAAAUAAAAAUAGAACUACAUUAUGACCCACCAGUUGCACUCCUAGGUAUUUAUCCAGAGGAUACAAAAAUGCUGAUUCAAAGGGGUACACGCAUUCCAAUGUUUAAAGCAGCACUAUCAACAAUAGCCAAAUUAUGGAAAAAGCCCAAAUAUCCAUCAACUGAUGAAUGGAUAGAGAAGAUGUGGUGUGUGUGUGUGUGUGUGUUCCAUAUAUAUAUAUGGAAUACUACUCUGCAAUGAAAAAGAAUGAAAUCUUGCCAUUUGUAACAAUGUGGAUGAAUCUAGAAGACAUUAUGCUAAGUAAAAAAAUCAUUUAGAAAAAGAUAAUGUGAUUUCACUCAUAUGUGGAAUUUGAGAAACACAACAGAUGAAUAUAAGGGAAGGAAAGGAAAAAUAUAAAAACAGAGAGGGAAGCAAACCAUAAGAGACUCUUAAAUACAGAGAACAAACUGAGCAUUGCUAGAGGGGAGGUGGGGGGGGGAUGGGUUAAAUAGGUGAUGGGCAUUAAGG